AUUCGCUCUCGUUCACGGGCUACUUUCUGUCAGUUGCGUUGAACUUUGUUUUGUGUAGUUGUCAAAAUGGCAGAAGAAAUUCCUUCCGAGGAGUCGGGCGGUUUCCUGUAUAAUUUAGUUUUAGAAAUAAUACAAAGUCCUUUAAAUAUCGCAUUAGUUCUUGCAAUUGCUUUUUUGGCCUACAAAAUUCUAAAACGGUCCAAUGAGGAACCAGUGUAUUCACCGCCAGAGCCACAACUUCCAAAGUUACGGAAAGAUUUUACCCCUGAAGAACUGAAACCCUAUAACGGAACACAAGAGGAUGGACGCGUUUUGAUGGCAGUGAAUGGAAAUGUGUACGAUGUCACUAAAGGAAAAAGAUUUUAUGGGCCGGGGGGUCCUUAUGCCGCAUUCGCCGGCCGGGACGCUUCAAGAGGCCUGGCAACCUUUUCUGUCGAAUGUAAAACUGAUGGCUAUGACGAUUUAAGUGAUUUAAAUUCGAUGGAAAUGGAUUCCGUUUUAGAAUGGGAAGCACAGUUCAAAGAAAAAUACGAUUUGGUCGGCCGGCUUUUGAAACCUGGAGAGGAACCACGAAAUUAUUCCGAUGACGAGGAUGAGGAAGAUUCGAGUGGAACCAGUGCGAAUGUGACUGCACGCACAGGCGAUAGUGGUGGUGGCGGCGAUAAACCAAAGAGUGAAUGAUUGGGCUGAGAGUUGUAAUUUAAGUCAGAAGUUCUAUGCUGUGCAUUUCAUUUGCUUUUUAUAAUAUUUUUAAACAGUUUUGUAUUGAAAAUUAGUUGUUAUCAAAUGUUUUCUACAAGCUACUUAAAACUUACAAAUAUAUAUUCGGGAGAGUAUACUAUCAGAAAAUA